UUCAGCAGUUCGGAUAUCAGACACGUGGGGCCCGAGCUUGUGAAACCGUGUAUUUCUCGUUUUCUUGUCGUGCGGCAGAGACCAAACAACUUCAAGUCCAAGCCUCGUUCCUAUACAGAAAUUCAUUUCAUCCGAUCCAAACGCUCCAAAAAUCCUCUGAUUAUGACGAGAUGCUCUUCUUGAGUUAGCAUGUCUGAACAAUAUGACAAUGCUGGAGCAAGUUCUAGCUCGAGCCUGAAUAGCAGCCUACAAGAUACAGAGGAUGACAGGAUUAUUGCCAAUAUCCUAUCAGAGGAACAUGUCGGAGAGGAUAGGAGACUUGGGAAGCGUCUAUCUCAUUUAGAUUCCAUCCCGCAUACACCUCGAGUUAAUGGUGCAAUUCCUGAUGUGGAUGAUGCAACCUUAGACCAUGAACGAUUGUCAGAGAGAUUAGCCACAUAUGGGUUAGCUGAAUUGCACGUAGAAGGGGAUGGAAAUUGCCAGUUCCGUGCUCUGGCGGAUCAGCUGUUCCGCAAUCCUGAAUACCACAAACAUGUGAGGAAGCAAGUUGUGAAGCAGCUUAAGCAUUUCGAGAAAUCUUAUGAAGGCUAUGUUCCAAUGAAGUACAAAAGUUACCUAAAGAAGAUGAAAAGAUCAGGAGAGUGGGGAGACCAUCUUACUCUUCAAGCAGCUGCAGACCGGUUCGGAGCCAAGAUUUGUCUGCUCACAUCCUUCCGAGAUACUUGCUUAAUUGAAAUUGUUCCCAAGGAGCAUAAUCCCUCAAGAGAGCUUUGGCUUAGCUUUUGGAGUGAGGUGCAUUACAAUUCCUUGUAUGGAAUUGGAGAUGUUCCUACUCGAACAGCCAAGAAAAAGCAUUGGCUUUUCUAGAGGAUCUUGUGGCUUGGUGUAGAAGUCAUAGACCGAUGAUCGUUCCACCCCACUGUAUAGAAAUCAACCCAGGUACCGUUAUCUUUUUUAUGAAGGAUCUUUUUUCAGUUCCUCACUGUAUCUUUAUUGUACAGAAUUCAGUUAUAGAUUUGUAUUUGAAAUCGAAUGCUGCAAACAACAUCUUUGUUUGAAUUUGAUGUGUUUGAUUAGAGAAAGAUAUGGAUUAUUAUGGGCA